AAUAACAUAAACGUCAUUGGUCUGUUUCACAUGUCUGCUGAUGUACCCGGUGUAAAUGUUCGAUAAUCUUACUAAAUACAUCGGUCACCCGCUCUAGGUUCGUUUUCGUAUCUGUUUUAUAUCGCUUUUGUUUGUUUAUUUAUGUUGUUAUAUCCUUGGACUCUUCUUUUAUACCGUUGAACUCUUACCAAAAGGAAGAAAAGGCUCGUCUUAUUGGCUAGCCUAACACCGUGGUGGUAACAGACGGUAACAAGAGAUAGAGUCUAGCUGUUUUUUCUACCCAAACAUAAGAAUGGGAGAGGAAAUAAAUGAACAUACGAGCAGCGGAUCUGUUAACACAAACAGUAAUGAGAACAACGGAGAAACUGCUGACGGGGGAGCAAAAUAUUACACGUUAGAGGAGGUCCGAAUGCAUAAUAUGAGCAAUGACACAUGGCUAAUCAUCCAUAAUAAGAUAUACGACAUUACAAGUUUCCUAGAGGAGCAUCCAGGAGGUGAGGAGGUUUUGCUGGAGCAGGGAGGAUCAGAUGCCACAGAGAGCUUUGAAGAUGUCGGUCAUUCUACAGAUGCCAGGGAGAUGCUCCAGCAGUUCUACAUUGGAGAGCUUCACAUGGAGGACCGGAAGAAGGAGAACACAAAGGUAGCAGACGCUAAAGAUGCUGGAGAAUCCAGCAGCAGUUCCUGGGCCAUGUGGUUGAUACCCACAGUAGCUGCAGCUGCUGUUGGCAUCCUGUAUCGUUUCUUUAUGUUUGAACACAAGUCUUCUUGAGAGCUUUAUCUCAAUCUUCUUAUCUGGAGGCCUUGAUUCUUAUUUUUUUUUUCAUGCUGAACCCCCUCACAAUUAACUGUUUGCAUCUUCUGCUACAAGAAGAGAGGAGGAGCCAUUUCAUAAAUAUUUGUCCUUGUUUUGCUACAUAGUGUGCAUGAAACACAAAGUUAAAAAGAUUUAUUAAAAAUAUGCCUUAUGCUUUUUAUGUAAUUAUGGCAUUUUUCAUAAAUAAAUGAAAAUGUGGUCCACAAGUUAAACUUUGAAAUUAAUACCAACUCAUUUCGUACUCAAGCGAGUUUUUUACAUGUCCACAGCAAGAGACAACAUGACCAGCACUAUAGUGUGAAGAUAGACAGCUUGACACAAAAGCAAAUUAAAAGCAGACACACCUUCAUUUUAUUCUGCAUAACUACCAUAUUUACUAGUCCUUUUCCAUUCAGUGAGAAAAGUUACAGGAUUUGAUUUAGAAGGAUGUGAUUUUUGCUGUCUAAGCCAUGUCUCAUUGCAUCUGUCACUUUUCUUGCAAAUACAAUCUGUCCAAAAUAUAUAUGUGAGGUGUUACAUUUUGUUUGUUCCCUUUUUUAAAUCAUGGUGAAGUGUGCUAUGUGAUUAUUUAAGACAGAACCUGCUUUCCCUCAUCUCGUUAUAUAAAAUCAUUAAGUAAUAAUAUUGCUUUAGUUCCCUUAUAUAUAUAUUGAAUAUUAGUUAAUACCUGAGAUGAAUCUUGAAAAAAAAAAAGUUAUUUGAGUUUAUCCUCCACUAUGCUGAUUAACUGAUGUGUUUCUUUUUUCUUUAUCAUUCAAUUCAUUUUCUAAACUGGGUUACAGAUAAAAAUUUAGUAAAGACAAAAUAGUUCACCAUUAAGUUUAGCUUGUUUUAUGUAUUAUUUGGAAACUGGGGAACUUCCUCCUCACAUCUGAACCAUAAAUGCGGGUCUUUCAGCCUACAGCUGUUUACCACAGAUCAUCAUAAUCAUCUGUUUUCAGGUCAUAUGUUCUGCAUAGCAUUUAGUUCAAGACGUCUUGAAUUUGUUUUGUUUUUUUAUUCACAAAAACUUCUUUAAGGAUUGUGGUACUACAUUUUAGCCUUUCGUUAAACGACAGUAGUAACAUUUAUCCUCAAUUCAUACUUGAAGAUAUCUAAUGAACAUUUGCUAAGAUAAUAGGUACAUUUGUGUCAUUUUGUGCUCUUUGUCAUUACUGAACAUCUGUUUGAACUGAGUAGAAACUUAAUUACUACAUUCAAAUUUGUAAACAAACAAAUGUUGAAAUGGUAAGAUGUGAUUAAAGACAUUUUCAAAAAAGGC